AUGAAACGAUCUCAAGAUACUCAAGAAGCAAACGACACAAAGAAGCCUAGAUUAAAUCAAGCCAACUACAACAACAAUGAUCCAUACGCACAGUAUAGCUUAUUAUCACAAUAUGGUACAGCAUUUGCGCAGAACGGAGUUACUGUAGGAGGUUAUGGACAACCUGCUUCCAUGUAUGGACUUGGCUACGGUAAUGCCAGCAUGGUUGCGCCUUAUGGAUAUCCGCCAGCAUUUUUUAAUCCAGCAGCAGCAGCAGCAGCCUACAGCGGAGUAUUAGGGGAGGGCAAUCGGACGAUUUAUUUAGGAGGUGUCCCACCCAAUACGCCACCUGGCGACAUUUUGAAGCAAAUCAAGUCAGGAGCUAUUGAACAAUAUAAGGCACUUCCUGAAAAAGCAUGUGUAUUUAUCACCUUUGUCGAUGCCUCUGCAGCCCACAUGUUCUAUCAAGAAUUGAUGCUCAAGAAGUUGGCAGUGAAUGGACAAGAACUCAAAUAUGGAUGGGGAAACUCAACUUCGAUGUCCUUAUCCCUCAAAUUGCAGAUUCAAUCAGGAGCUACGCGAUCUGUAUAUAUAGGCAGAUAUGAUGAGCAACAAGUGUCAAAGGAGCAAUUAGCCUCUGAAGUCACCAAAUUCGGACAGAUUGAAGAUAUUAAGGUUGUACCCGACAAGCACUGCGUGUUCAUCCACUUUUUGAGUAUCAGUUCAGCCAUUAAAUGCGUCUCUGAAUUACCUAAUCAACCAAGCUUUCACAACAAACGCAUCAAUUACGCCAAAGACCACUGUGCGAGCAACUAUCCAGCAGAUGUACUAGCAUCCAAUCCAAGCCCAAGCUUUGGAUUUGAUGCGUACGGUAAUCCAGUCAUGAAUUCAAUCAAUUUGAAUACCGCACCUACUGCAAACAAUAUCCUUCGUACACUCUACAUUGGCAAUAUACAAUCCGAAGCCAAAGUAGAAGAUAUCUGCAACUCUAUUCGAGGGGGUAAUGUAUUACAAGUCCGAUACUUUCCCGAGAAGCAUAUCGCAUUUGUCAGUUUUAUGGAUGCAGCCACGGCCAUUGCUGUAUUUAACUACGCCAAUAGCCAAGGGAUUGUCAUUAAGGGUAGAAAAGUAAAAGUUGGAUGGGGUAAGCCAUCAGCUAUUCCAACACAGCUGAUGCAUGCUAUUCAACAAGGAGCUACACGCAAUGUCUACAUUGGAGGAAUCGAAGACGUUUCAGAAGAGAAACUAAGGCAAGACUUUGAAUCCUUUGGAGAGAUUGAGUUAGUGAACAUAUUUAAUGAAAAGAGAUGCGCAUUUGUCAACUUUACGAGCGUUCAGAGUGCGGUUAUGGCAGUGACAACUGUGAAACAAAAAAAUCCAUUCUAUCAGUCAUUGAAGGUCAACUAUGGCAAAGACAGAUGUGCAAAUCCACCUAAAAUAAGGAGCAACAAGGGAGAUGCUGAACCAAAACUAGGCAUGGCUGCAGAGCCAGCCAAACAACCAGAACAGCAGCAAGUACAGUAG